ACUCAAAGUCCCGUAGUUGGAAAAAGUCGGAGAAACGUGGAGGUGGAGAUGGUAUCAUCAUCACUGUCAUUACCUCACCAUAAUCUCUGGCCACCGGAAUCUGGAUCUACAGCGUUUCGAGGUCUCGCAACCGUCGUAUCCCUACACGCCUGCCACCAUGUUACCCGUCACCUUCGACUUAGCUCCCAUCUUCGCUCUUCCCUUCAGAAACUGCAGCUUCUUUCUGAAGCAGCGAGAAUGGAGUUUGCAAGAUACCAAAGAGUGAUUCUAUUCAAUGGAGAAAAUCUUCUCAAGUCUAGGGUUAAAUUGUCACCGUCCUCAUCGUUUGUAUGUUUCUUUAAUGGUGGAGAGAGUAGGAUUAAUAACCCUAGAGGAGGAGGUGAGGAAGGAUCAUCGAACCAUAAGGAGACUUCCAAGAGAAGUACAGUUAACGGAAGGCGAUGGACCAAUGUCCUCCUUGCCAUCAACGUAAUAAUGUAUAUUGCACAAGUUGCAUCAGAUGGGAGAGUGCUUACAUGGGGAGCCAAGAUAAACAGUUUAAUCGAAAGAGGUCAGCUAUGGAGACUGGCUACAGCUUCUGUUCUUCAUGCGAAUCCUAUGCAUCUCAUGAUAAAUUGCUAUUCUUUGAAUUCUAUUGGACCGACUGCUGAGAGUUUAGGUGGCCCAAAGAGAUUUCUUUCCGUUUACUUGACAUCUGCGAUUGCAAGUUCUGCAAUGAGCUACUGGUUCAACAAAGCGCCAUCAGUUGGUGCUUCGGGUGCAAUUUUCGGGUUGGUUGGCUCGGUAGCUGUAUUUGUUAUAAGACACAAACAGAUGGUCGGAGGUGGCAAUGAAGAUCUAAUGCAGAUAGCCCAAGUUAUUGCUCUAAACAUGACAAUGGGUCUAAUGUCCAGACGCAUAGAUAACUGGGGGCAUAUUGGUGGUUUACUUGGUGGAACUGCAAUGGCAUGGCUUCUAGGACCACAGUGGAAGUAUGAAUACACGACAAGAGACGGCCGGAGAGUCUUCAAAGACAGCGCUCCUAUUCCGCUUCUUUUGCGGUGGAGAAACGAACGGCGAGGACGGCUUUGAUUCAAGACCAAAGGAAGCUUAACAUUUUUUCAGUGCCUAGUGAAUAUAAGAAUGGAUUGAAUGAUUUGAUUCUUGGUUUAACGUAUUGUAUUAUAAAAGAAUACUGUGGACCGGAAAGAUCCUCUAGGAUGAUGAACUAAUUCCGAGUCCGAGCUUACGGCACACCUUGCAGUCAAAUAAUUGAUUAGUUCUUACGAAAGUUU